AUGGCUGACGUGCAAAUGGCGGGGGAGACGGAGACGUUCGCCUUCCAGGCGGAGAUCAACCAGCUCCUCAGUCUCAUCAUCAAUACCUUCUAUUCAAACAAGGAGAUCUUCCUCCGGGAGCUGAUCAGCAACUCUUCAGAUGUACUCCUUCUUACUUCCCAUUUACCUCUCUUAUCUGCUAAUUCAUCGUAAACAGUUUCUUCGUGUUUUGGUUUCACCUGAUUUUGCUUAAUUUAUUUCCAUUAAUUGUUGAUAUACUUGUUCAGGCAUUGGACAAGAUCCGCUUCGAGAGCUUGACGGACAAGAGUAAGUUGGAUGGCCAGCCGGAACUCUUUAUCCGGCUUGUUCCCGACAAAGCCAACAAGACGCUGUCCAUAAUUGACAGCGGUAUCGGCAUGACCAAGGCCGGUGAGUGUGAUGCUUUGAUUCAGCAGACUGUCUUCAUUUCCUUCACAGCCGCAUCGUGUUUAAGUCAUCCGUUGCGAUCGGGAAGAAUUACAUCCUGGAUCGAACGCUAAAUUGUCACGCGGAAUCCGAGUAAUUUCUGAGGUUCUAAUUUUCAAUGUGCUUGCUUCAACGUUGGCAUGCUUCGAACGGUGACCUCAGCUUCGAUUUUAGACGGACACGACAUUUGUGUUUCCAAGAUAUUUUCAUUGUUUAUUAAUCUCUGUAGUUUGCUUUUUCUCUCGUUGCUUCUUCGCAAUGGAGAAAUUGAUCUCUGUUUUGUCCUUGUCGCUUCCACCCUGUGACGCAGUGCUCACUGCAUUGCUCGUUUAGAGGGUCCAAUAACUUGUUCAACCUUUAGUCGUUCAGUAUUAUUGAGCCGGAUCUCUGUAAGAGUCAGGGAAUUCUCACAAAUUAUGGAAAAGUCUGGCAGGCAAUGAAAGCAACGGUUCAUCUUUGGCAAUUCUAACUAGGGUUUAAUAUUUAGGUUUCUUGUCAUGUUGGUUCUCUUGUAUCACGCAAGAUUAUUAAUAGUCUGCACCCAUUUGCAGAUUUGGUCAACAACUUGGGAACAAUUGCCAGGUCUGGGACGAAAGAAUUCAUGGAGGCCCUGCAAGCUGGGGCAGAUGUGAGCAUGAUCGGCCAAUUUGGUGUGGGAUUCUAUUCAGCGUACUUGGUUGCUGAGAAGGUCGUCGUGACCACCAAACACAACGAUGAUGAGCAGUAUAUCUGGGAAUCUCAGGCAGGAGGCUCUUUUUCAGUGACCAGGGAUGUUGAUGGAGAACAGCUUGGCAGAGGAACCAAAAUCACUCUAUUUCUCAAGGAGGAUCAGGUAAUUUCUUCUUUCUCUGUAUUCAUUAAUCGUACAGUUCACUAGUUUCUUCAUGAGGUAGUAAUUCUCAAUGUACAAUUUACGUGCAGCUCGAUUACUUGGAGGAGAGGAGGAUUAAAGAUCUAGUGAAGAAGCACUCAGAAUUCAUCAGCUAUCCGAUCUCUCUCUGGACAGAAAAGACCACGGAAAAGGAAAUCAGUGAUGACGAGGAGGACACUAAGAAAGAAGAGGAAGGUGAUGUGGAAGAAGUGGACGAGGAGGACACUAAGAAAUCCAAGAAGAAGAAGGUGAAGGAAGUGUCUCACGAAUGGUCGGUCAUUAACAAGCAGAAGCCGAUCUGGCUACGGAAGCCGGAGGAGAUCACCAAAGAUGAGUAUGCAUCUUUCUACAAAAGCUUGACAAACGACUGGGAAGACCACCUUGCUGUCAAACACUUCUCUGUUGAGGGGCAACUCGAGUUUAAGGCCAUCCUCUUCGUUCCCAAGAGGGCUCCAUUUGAUCUCUUCGACACUAGGAAGAAGAUGAAUAAUAUCAAGCUAUAUGUUCGGAGAGUCUUUAUUAUGGACAACUGCGAGGAGCUCAUUCCCGAGUAUCUGGGAUUUGUCAAGGGAGUCGUCGAUUCGGAUGACUUGCCCCUGAACAUUUCUCGUGAGAUGCUCCAGCAGAACAAGAUCCUUAAGGUCAUCAGGAAGAAUCUUAUUAAGAAAUGCCUUGAGAUGUUUGCAGAGAUUGCAGAGAACAAGGAUGAUUACAACAAAUUCUACGAAGCCUUCGCUAAAAAUCUGAAGUUGGGCAUCCACGAAGACAGCCAAAACAGAGCGAAGCUGGCCGACCUUCUCCGCUACCACUCCACUAAAAGUGGUGAGGACAUGACAAGUCUCAAGGAUUAUGUCACGAGGAUGAAGGAAGGCCAGAAGGACAUCUACUACAUCACCGGUGAGAGCAAGAAGGCCGUGGAGAACUCCCCCUUCCUCGAGAGACUGAAGAAGAAGGGCUACGAGGUUCUCUUCAUGGUCGAUGCCAUUGACGAGUAUGCAGUGGGUCAGUUGAAGGAAUAUGACAGCAAGAAGUUAGUUUCUGCAACGAAGGAGGGUCUCAAGCUGGAGGAGACGGAAGAGGAGAAGAAGAAAAGGGAGGAGAAGAAGACAGCCUUCGAGAACCUUUGUAAGACAAUGAAGGACAUUUUAGGCGACAAGGUGGAGAAGGUUGUGGUCUCGGACAGGAUCGUCGACUCUCCCUGCUGUCUGGUCACCGGCGAGUAUGGCUGGACGGCCAACAUGGAGAGAAUAAUGAAGGCCCAGGCGCUGAGAGACAGCAGCAUGAGUUCCUACAUGUCGAGCAAGAAGACGAUGGAGAUCAACCCAGAGAACGGUAUAAUGGAAGAGUUGAGGAAGAGGGCGGAAGUCGACAAGAACGACAAGUCGGUGAAAGAUCUUGUACUGCUGCUGUUCGAGACCGCCCUGCUCACUUCCGGAUUCAGCCUGGACGACCCCAACACCUUUGCAGGGAGGAUUCACAGGAUGCUGAAGCUGGGCCUCAGCAUCGAUGAGGAUGAAACUGCAGCGGACGACACUGAAAUGCCGGCACUCGAGGAGAACGGGAACGAGGAAAGCAAGAUGGAGGAAGUAGAUUGA